GUUUUUUUAAUGGAAGGUUAUAUGGAUUUUGGUUACUCAGGAAAAUGGUGUUUUUUCAGUUUUCUUCAGAAGAAUGACUGUGUGUGUGGGUGUGCGUUGGUUGGUUUCUUUUCAUGUAUGUGUAAAUCGGUCUUUCGGAACAGGAACUGGAGGUAUGGUGGAGCUUAAGCAGCAACAGAAUGGCCAAUUGGUAACAGAACCUGAAAUGGCACUACCUCUUGUGACAGUUCCGGCCCCUGAAUUUGGAAAAGAAAAUGGUGUGAUCUGGGCAACCUCACCCGACCGUCUUGAGCUGCCACAGAAACCAUUCCACCACUCAAAUUGCUCUGACUCCCCAUGUGUCUCAGAAUCUGGUUCUGACAUCUUCAGCAAGCGAGAAGUGAUACAAAAGCUGAGACAGCAGUUGAAGAGAAGGGAUGAUAUGAUACUAGAGAUGCAGGAUCAGAUUGGCGAAUUGCAGAAUUCUCUCAGUGCUCAGCUUUCCCAUUCUACCCAUCAGCAAUCGCUGCUGGAAGCAGCAAACAGGGAUCUGUUUGAUUCGGAGAGAGAGAUCCAGAGGCUGAGGAAGGCAAUUGCGGAUCAUUGUGUUGGACAAGUGGGUCCAAUUGACAAGACCUCAACAUUGUGGCCUUCUGACUGCCAGAAUGGUCAUGUAAACGGGUGUCUUGAAGUUGAGAGCAAUUUGGAGCCUUUGGAAAAGGGAAGAGGAGAUGGAGAGAGGAUUGGGAUGUUGAAAAGGGAAGUUAAUGAGUUGAAAGAAGUGAUAGAAGGGAAGGAAUACCUGCUGCAGAGCUACAAGGAGCAGAAGGCUGAGCUCUCCAUGAAGAUCAAGGAGUUGCAAAAAAGAUUGGAUUCUCAGUUUCCAAAUAUUUUGUAGACAUUGGUAGUUUUGUGUAUUCUUUUCUGGCUUUCCCUCGUGUUUCUUUUUCUCCCAUGUGGUUUGAGGUUCCGAAUUUUGGGAAAAGUUUCAUGUCAUUUUCUUGUUUCUUUCCCCACUAUUGUUCAGAUACGGUGUUUUGUGCUUUUUCGUGUGCAUAUAUGGAAGAGAAAGUAGGAAGUG